AUGGCAAAAGAUAACAAAAAACAAACAAAAAAACCUUCCAAAAAAACUCCAGCACCAUGCCCAUUGAGUAAUAAAAAGGCUGUUAAGAAAGAAAUAAAAAAAGAAAAGAAAAAUGGAAUUCGAAUGAAUCCUUUAAUUUUUGAAAGAAAAAGAAAAACUAAUAUUAUUGGUGUUGGUAUACGCCCAAAGAAAGAUUUAUCAAAGUAUGUUAAAUGGCCAAAGCAUCUUAGAUUACAAAGAAAAAAGAAAAUUUUAUUACAAAGAUUAAAAGUCCCUCCUGCAAUUAACCAAUUUAAUUAUACUCUUUCGAAGAAUCAGACUCAAGAUUUGAUGAACUUCUUAAAAGAAUAUAAACCAGAAUCUAAAUCAGAGAAAAAAGAAAGAUUACUUAAAAAGGCUAAAGACGAUUUAAACAAAACGCAAUCAAAAGAUAAAAAACCUUUGAUGAUUAAAUAUGGAAUAAAACAUAUAACUAAAUUAAUUGAACGAAAAAACUGUAGUCUUGUUGUUAUAGCAAAUGACGUUACUCCAAUUGAAUUAGUUUUGUUUUUACCAGCUUUAUGCAGAAUGAAAGAUAUCCCUUACUGUUUCGUUAAAAAUAAAUCGAAAUUAGGAAAACUUGUACAUAAAAAAAUGGCCACAGCUGUAUGUGUACAAAAGGUUCGAAAAGAAGACCAAGAUAAAUUAGAUUAUUUUUGCAAAUUAUCUAGAGAGCAAUUUAAUGACAACGCAGAUAUAAGAAGAAAAUGGGGAGGUCAAAAAAUGAGUAAAAAAUCAUUGAUUUUGAAAAAAAUGAAAGAUAAAGCUAAAAAACUUGAAGAGGCAAAGAAAAAAGAAAUAUCCACCAAAUUGUAA